CUCCAUUUUGGUUCUGCAGGCCUUGUGUCACCACGUGAAGACACACAGUCCGACACCCAGCGCGGUUCGGCCGCUUUACACACAGAACCGGGCUCUGGAGUAGAACCUUCAGCACUGCUUAAUGUUCUAGCAAAGCUACACAAGGCAACAAUGCCCUCCAUAACGCUGCCGCCUAAAGAGAACGCUCUCUUUAAGAGAAUAUUGAGAUGCUAUGAACACAAGCAAUACAGAAAUGGGCUGAAGUUCUGUAAACAGAUCCUGUCCAACCCAAAGUUUUCCGAACAUGGAGAGACCCUGGCGAUGAAGGGAUUGACUCUGAACUGUUUGGGAAGAAAAGAAGAGGCAUAUGAUCUGGUCAGGAGAGGCCUCCGCAAUGACCUGAAGAGUCAUGUCUGUUGGCAUGUGUACGGUUUGCUGCAGCGCUCAGAUAAGAAGUAUGAUGAGGCCAUCAAGUGCUACAGGAAUGCCCUGAAAUGGGACAAAGACAAUCUGCAAAUCCUCAGAGACCUCUCACUGCUGCAGAUCCAGAUGAGGGAUCUUGAGGGCUAUAGGGAGACCAGGUACCAGCUGCUGCAGUUGCGGCCAGCUCAGAGAGCCUCAUGGAUUGGUUAUGCCAUUGCCUAUCACCUUCUGCAGGACUAUGAGAUGGCAGCCAAGAUAGUCGAGGAAUUCCGCAAAACUCAGCAGACAUCUCCAGAUAAGGUGGAUUAUGAGUACAGUGAGCUGCUGCUGUAUCAGAAUCAGGUGCUGAGAGAGGCUGGGCAUUUCAAAGAGGCUCUGGACCACCUGACCACCUAUGAGAAACAGAUCUGUGACAAACUGGCUGUGGAGGAAACUAAAGGAGAACUAUUCCUGAAGUUGGAUCGAUCUGAUGAGGCAACUGAAGUCUAUCGCAGACUACAGGAGAGAAAUCCAGAGAACUGGAGCUAUUACCAGGGUCUGGAAAGUGCGCUCAAUCCAGGUAGUACAGAAGAGAGGCAGCAGAUCUAUGAAGAUGCCUGUGUAAAGUUCCCAAAGGGAUUAGUACCCAGACGACUGCCCCUUAGCUUCCUCAAUGGUGAGAAAUUUAGAGAGUGUUUGGACCGUUACUUGAGGAUGAAUUUCAGUAAAGGUUGUCCUCCUUUAUUCACCACCCUCAAAUCUCUCUACACCGACAAAGAGAAGGUGUCAAUCAUUGAGGAGUUAGUGGUCAGCUAUGAGAAGAGCUUGAGAAGCUGUCGAAUGUUUAACCCAAAUGAUGAUGGAAAAACAGAACCCCCGACCACACUUCUGUGGGUGCAGUAUUUCCUGGCUCAGCAUUUUGAUUACAUCGACCAACAUAGUGUUGCCCUGGAGUACAUCAACACUGCAAUCGAAAGCACCCCCACUCUUAUAGAGCUGUUCCUCAUUAAGGCCAAGAUUUACAAGCAUUCUGGGAAUAUUCGGGAGGCUGCUCGCUGGAUGGAUGAGGCUCAGGCUCUGGACACUGCUGACCGGUUUAUCAAUUCUAAAUGCGCUAAAUACCUGCUGAAAGCAGGCCUGGUUAAAGAGGCUGAGGAGAUGUGCUCCAAAUUCACACGGGAAGGGACGUCUGCGGUGGAGAAUCUUAAUGAGAUGCAGUGUAUGUGGUUCCAGACAGAGUGUGCUCUGGCAUACAAGUCCAUGAACAAAUGUGGUGAGGCGCUCAAAAAGUGCCAUGAAAUUGAGAGACACUUUGUAGAAAUAACAGAUGACCAGUUUGACUUCCAUACGUACUGCAUGAGAAAGAUGACCCUACGCUCUUACGUGGCUCUGCUAAAGCUGGAGGAUGUCUUGCGCAUGCACCCGUUUUACUUCAAAGCUGCACGUACCGCCAUCCAAAUCUACCUCAACCUCCACGACAACCCGCUCUCCGACGACAGCAAGGAGUCCCAGGCAGACAAUACAAACCUGACGGAUAAGGAACUGAAGAAACUGCGGAACAAACAGAGGCGGGCACAGAAGAAAGCUCAGUUAGAAGAGGAGAAGAAAAAUGCAGAAAAGGAGAAACAACUAAAGAAUCAGAAGAAGAAGAAAGAAGAGGAUGACGAAGAGAUUGGAGGACCUAAAGAGGAACUUGUACCUGAGAAACUGGCGAAGACUGAAAAUCCCCUAGAAGAAGCUGUUAAGUUUCUGACUCCUCUGAAGAACCUGGUGAGGAACAAAAUUGAGACUCACCUCCUGGCCUUUGAGAUCUACCUCCGAAAAGAGAAGUAUCUUUUGAUGCUGCAGUCAGUAAAGAGAGCCUUUGCUAUGGACCCAGGCCACCCCUGGCUUCACCAGUGCCUCAUCCGUUUCUUCAAAGGAGUGGCUGACAAUAAGAGUCUCCCGGAACCUGUGCAAACUGUUCUGAAGCAGGAGAUCACACGGCUGUUUGGAGAGAGUGACCCUAAGAGAUAUAAUAAGAACUUCUUGAGCAAGCACACAAACUCCAUACCCCACAGAGUAGCAGCUGCAAAGAUGAUGGUUUAUCUGGACCCCUCCUCUGAGAGCAUGGCUGCAGAGUUGGCUACCUCUCUGGAUGAGUCCCUCACUGGCAGAACCAUACAGAUAUGCACUGAGGUGUUGCAGGCUCUGAAGGAUGGUAGCUUGGGCUCGGAACAGCAGAAAGUUUUGGAAGCAUACCGCGCAUCCUGCCACGGGCUCUACCCAUACAGUCUCGCCUUCAUGCCCCCCGGGUACCAAGACAACGCUGCCAUUACCACUAACGGAGACUUAUCGUCCGGCGACCACGAGGACAUGACCAAUGAGAUGUGAGGGGUUGUGAGAGAUGGGCACGGAGCCAAAAGAAGGUUGUGGGUUUUCUUUUUGUUUGAAUUUCUUUUUCUUUUGGUGGCCGGCUGCCAUUUCAAGACCAGACACCCAGACAUGGAGGCUGUCACUGUAAUGUAGUGACCAGACCAGGACUUCAGCUUCCGGCAUCGGCAACAGACGUGCAAGCCACAGGGCGAUGGGGGAUGGAAAGGAUAUCUGUUUUAUGUUCGGUUACUGUUUCAUUUUUUUUUUUCUCUCUCUUCCUUUUCUUUUUCUUUUUUUUAAUAUGGCUAAUAACUAAUCCUACACAAAUAACCAAUAAGUGGCAUGUAUGCAGAGAAUGGAACGUGGAUGAAAAAUGGUUAUGAUGAACUUGAUUCCAUGUUCGCCUGAUACAUGCACCUCCUUCUCAUGUUUUUAAGAGUAAUUUAUAUAAAAGAAUAUUAAAGAGAACAAAAAAAAGUUAUCAAGGAGCAAUACUCUUGGUCCUGUAGUCCUGGUUUGACUUUAGUGGCUGUGUGCCAAACCUUCUGGGGUGGAGCUUAAGAACUUACGACGGUGGUGGCACCUGUUGCAAGAACCUUUGGUUUGGGAGGGAUGGGUGAAGGGGGCAGGGUUUUCAAUUAAAAUAUUAAGACUAGGUUAUUAUAAGAACAGUUCCAGAGACAGCCAGUUGGUGGUCACUCAGUCAGAGUGCAGAGGCCCAGUUUGUCUGCCAGAAGAAAACUGUGAUUGUGCUGAAAAUCUGAGCAUUUUACAGGUUCACCAGGAGUGCUGAGGGAGACGCAGACAUGCAUCUCCUCUUUUUUUCAUUUCUUGUUUUCAUCCAUUUGUUCCUCUUUUGUUUCUUUUCUCUCCUCCUGAAUUUGGUUAUUCAGUAAACAUCUGUUUGAGCUGUGGUAGUAGCUCUACAAGUCUUUUACUGACCAUUGUUUCCUUUUUUUCUUUAUUUUUUCUUCCCCUGUCUCACUGGUUUUUCCAUAAUUUGGUUUGAAUAAUUGUCAUUUUUCCCACGAUAUACGAGCCUGCCGAUCAUACCACUGUCUGAACUCGGUUCCAUCGUUUGACACUCGAAACAGUACAAAUAAAACCGAAACUGAAUUUAAGUAAA